AGCCUGGGCCAACACCCUUUCACAGAAUCUGCAAGCGUUUCUCCUCUUCCUCUUCAUCUGGUGGAGAAAGAUCCACAAGGAGACCUGGGGAGGCUGGACGAUGGACUGUCUGCAGGAAUGGGGUCCCUUCGUCCGGCUGGCCCUGCCCAGCAUGUUUAUGAUCUGCAUUGAGUGGUGGACUUUUGAGAUUGGCAGCUUCCUCGCAGGAUUAAUGAGUACGGUUGAAUUAGGGGCUCAAUCCAUCAUCUACGAACUGUCGACCAUCGCGUAUCUGCUGCCACAGGGGAUGAGCGUGGCUUCCAGUGUCCGCGUGGGUAACGCCUUAGGCGCCGGAGAUGUUGACCAGGCUAAGAGGUCAUGCAUUAUGGCCCUCCUUUGCACCGGGGUUCUUGCGGUGGUUUUCGCUGGGCUGCUGGCAGCUGUGAAGGACGUGGUGGCCUACAUCUUCACCAACGACCUAGAGAUCGUGUCUUUGGUGUCCAAAGUGAUGCUAAUCUUUUCCCCUUUUCACCUGUUCGAUGCCACCGCGGCCACUUGCGGAGGUGUGCUGAGGGGUGCCGGCAAGCAGAAAAUUGGCGCCAUCGCCAACGCGGUAGGCUACUACGUCAUCGGAUUGCCCAUCGGGAUUACGCUGAUGUUCGUGUACAAGCUUGGUGUAAUGGGCCUGUGGACCGGUUUGAUCGUUUGCAUCUCUCUGCAAGCGGCAUCUUUUUUGCUUGUCGUCUUGCGCAUGAACUGGAAAAAAGCCGCCGAAGAGGCCCAGAUCCGAGCUGGAUUAACAGACCGACUAGGAAGUCCUCAGCAGUCUUCCGGUGCGGAUUAUCUUGUGAUGAAUCUGGAGGUGCCCAACGGAGAUACCCUCAGUUGUCUUGUCCACCAGGGCGAAAACUUAGCGGACCAUCAGCCCAUUCCCAGCGAACAGAUGCCCCCAUUCAUGGUUUCCCCAAUGCCAGGGGCCUUAUCCUGCAGGCAACUUGUUUUCCGGCGUGGACUGGCACUGCUGUUAGCAGUCGCCAUCUUGAUUUUGGGGAUUGUCAUCCAUCUCCUUCUCUGAGAACGGCGGAGCUGUGCAGCACGGGAGGACCAGACAAGGCAGCCAAUUCGAAUGGGCGUCCUGCUCACUCAUCAGCGUUCAUCCCAGAGGAUCUAAGAGUGACUCAGCCUUGGAUCUGAUCUCCAAAGAUAGUUGCUCCUCUACGAUCAGCCUGGACCAAUGAUGGGGUCACCCAUUUGAUGUUGUUAAGGGAUGGAAAGACUUAACUCACCUUUCAAGGCGUUUGGAAAAUCACAUUGGAAUAAAUCCAGGUGUUUAAUUUUUUUCAAAAAAAAAAAAUUGGUGUUUUCUAUUUUAACCUUUUUUGAAUAAAAUAAAAAUAGAUAUUAAAAAGGAAA